CCUAAACCCUCAUCCCUAGACAGCUAGUUUAGGUGAUUGUGUCACAAAGCUUUGGUUUCUCCAAUCAAAAGCAGACACGUAUUUUUUUUUUUUUUUUUUUGAGUCAAAAGGGUUUAAGAAGGGUUUUAGCAAACAGAAACGAUCUCAUUUUGAACAAACGCUAUGGCAAGGCGCGUCUCUCUUCUUCUUCCCAAGUCUCUACCCACCAAAACCCAAAACCUCCGAUCAGUUUCUCUCUGUACAGACUCCGACCCAAUAAUCCAACCCUCCAAUUCAAACCACCAAGACCAGCAACGCCAUGAACAAGUCCGCAAGCUCCGAAUCCUCCUCCAGCAGGGCCGAACCGACACCGCAAAUCGCUUCAUCAAGUCCCUCAUUCUCCCCACCUCACCUUUCUCCUCCCCCUCCGACCUUUACAACCUCUUCUCCCUCUCCGCUCCCUCCAUGACACCCACAUUCUCCGACAUGCUCCUCACGGCGUGCACGGAGUCCAAGAUGCCCAGCGAAGCAGUUGAGUUGUAUGGUCUGAUGAGAAAGAGCGACCUCCGUCCGAGUUUGGCCACUCUCAAUAUGCUGCUAGAGUGCUUGGUGGCUUCGAAAAUGUUCAGAAAAACCCUUGAGUUGUUUUCGCAGAUUUUCGAGUCUGGUAAGGGCAUUCGGCCGGAUAAGUUCACGUACGGCAAGGCGGUGCAGGCGGCGGUGAAGCUGGGGGACUUGAAUAGGGCUGUUGAGCUUGUGGAGUGCAUGAAGAGAGAUAGGUUGAGUCCGAAUGUGUUCAUUUAUAAUGUUUUGAUUAGUGGGUUGUGUAAAGAGAAGAAAAUGAGGGAUGCAGAGAAGGUGUUCGAUGAAAUGCUUGAGAGAAGGGGAGUGCCGACUUUGGUUACUUACAACACGUUGAUCGAUGGGUAUUGUAAGGUGGGUGAGUUGGAGAAGGGGUUUGGGUUGAGAGAGAGGAUGAAGGAUCAGAAGGUGGAAGCGAAUGUGGUGACUUAUAAUACAAUGCUUAAUGGGCUUUGUAAGGCAAAGAGAAUGGAGGAAGCGAAAAGGGUGUUGGAAGAGAUGGAGGCUCAUGGAUUUGUGCCGGAUGGUUUUACUUAUAGUAUACUUUUCGAUGGACAUCUGAGGUGUGGUGAUGAUCAGGGCGUGUUGGCUUUGUUUGAAGAAGCAACCAGGAAAGGUGUGAGGAUCAAUGGGUAUACUUGUAGUAUAUUGUUGAAUGGGUUGUGCAAGAAAGGAAAGAUGGAGAAAGCGGAGGAGAUUUUGAAGAAAUUAAUGGAAACUGGUUUUGUUCCAGAUGAAGUAGUGUAUAAUACUCUGGUGAGUGGAUAUUGUCGACAAUCUGACAUUGACAGAGCCAUUUUGGUCAUUGGGAAAAUGGAAGCUCGUGGGUUGAGGCCAAAUUGCAUCACUUUCAAUUCUUUGAUUCACAAAUUCUGUGAGACAAAGGAUAUGGAUAGGGCGGAGGAAUGGGUACAGAAGAUGGUAAAGAAGGGAGUUUCGCCAAAUUUGGAGACGUAUAACACCCUUAUUAAUGGCUAUGGGCAGAUUUGCGCAUUUGAUAAGUGUUUCCAGAUUCUUGAAGACAUGGAAGGUAAGGCAAUUAAACCAAAUGUUGUGAGCUAUGGUUCCCUUAUAAAUUGUUUAUGCAAGGAUGGGAGACUUCUUGAAGCUGAAAUACAACUCAGAGACAUGGUAGGCCGAGGGGUUUUGCCAAAUGCACAGAUAUAUAAUAUGCUCAUUGAUGGUAGCUCUACAGAGGGGAAGCUGAAAGAUGCUUUCAGAUUUUUUGAUGAGAUGGCAAAAAAUGGGAUAAGUCCAACACUUGCAACCUACAAUGCAAUCAUACAUGGACUCUGCAAGAAAGGAAGGAUGAUUGAAGCUGAAGAUUAUGUGUCUCAAAUUACAAGCAGUGGUUAUAGACCCGAUGUCAUCACAUACAACUCCCUAAUUUCAGGUUAUUCUGAUACAGUAAACACCCAGAAAUGUCUGGAAUUAUAUGAAACUAUGAAGAAUCUGAGCAUCAAACCUACUUUGAAUACAUAUCAUCCUCUAAUUAGUGGAUGUAGCAGGGACAAUAUGGUAUUAGCAGAAAAGUUGUUUAAUGAGAUGUUACAAAUGGGCUUGCGUCCUGAUCGAAUCAUAUAUAAUGCACUCAUCCACGGUUAUGCAGAGCAUGGAGAUACUCAGAAGGCACUUUCUUUGCACUGUGAGAUGGUAAACCAGAAAAUCAAUGUUGACAAGAUGACGUAUAAUAGCUUAAUUCUUGGGCACUUCAAACAAGGAAAGGUGUCAGAGGUAAAGGACCUCGUCGAUGAUAUGAAGGCUAAAGGAUUGGCACCUAAAGCUGAUACGUAUAACUUACUUGUGAAGGGACACUGUGAACUAAAGGACUUCAGUGGCGCAUAUUUUUGGUACAGGGAUCUGGUUGAGAAUGGUUAUCUUCUAAACGUCUCCACAUGCAUUGAGCUUACAACUGGCCUCCAAAAGGAGGGCAGGUUUCAAGAGGCCCAGGUUAUCUGCUUAGAAAUGAGUGCUAAAGGAAUGGAUGAUGUUAGCUCUAAUGAAGAUGCAAUUUCUGUUGCCAAGGUGUAGGGAAUAAAUGCUUCUGUGUUGAAAUUUUUCUGCACAAGAAUUCGUCAAGAGAGAUAUAAAGAUAGAAUAUUGUCAAGCCGGUAGCCAACUACCCAUAGUGUACAUGUCUGUUGGAAGAUCCUUGAAGAAGAAUACAGUUUACCUCCAAAAAAGAGUUAGUCAGACAUGUCAUACAAUAUGAGAAGUAAACUAGCAACGGUUGGCAGGUGGGAGUGAGCAAGGAGCUUUGAUGACUUUGUAGAAAGUUAUCAGUUGAAACGCUUCGAGCUUGCCAAAUUUAUCUCCAAGGAACCCCAAGAUGCAAAGUUUUCCUUGGAGUAUGCUGUGAUAAAGAAGUUUCGGGUGUACAUCCAUGUUGCGGCUACUCAAUUUGGGUUGCUUGGAUAAAUGGUUGAAUGGUAUUCGGGAAGUUGCUAGCUUCAAUUUGUUGCCUUCUGUGCCUGAUUGUACUUUAUGAUUGAAGUACUUUGUUGAAUUCUUAUCACACAACUUGCAUAUGCUCGGUACUUAUUUACAUGUAUGCUUGAAUCACUUGAAUCG